GCUGGUCACUGGGCUAAUUGGUCUCAGCAUUGGGGGCACAGCUGCCAGCAGCCUGUGCUAAAGGGCCAUCCUCCCUGCCACAGUCUCUGUGUUGUGCAGAAGCCUUUACCAGCAUGAUGCUGUUUCUGUGGCUCCCUGUCCUUCUCCUGUGCUUGGUGAGAGCAUGCUGCUCAGAAACAGCCUGUGAGGAGGCCCACAAAACCUGUUCCGUGGUGGCCUGCAGCAUCCCUGUCACCAAUGGCACCCCAGGCAGAGAUGGACGAGAUGGACCCAAGGGGGAGAAAGGAGAUCCAGGUGAAGGGCUUCGAGGCUUGCAGGGCCCACCAGGAAAGUUAGGGCCUCCAGGCAAUAUAGGGGCCCCCGGACCUUCAGGACCCAAAGGCCAAAAAGGAGACUGCAGAGACAGUUCCGUGGCUGAGAGUAAGCUGGCUAACUUAGAGAGGGAAAUAAGAAACCUGAAAUCAGAACUGGAUCACAUCAAAAAAUUGCAAGACUUCUCUUUGGGCAAAAAGUCUGGGAAGAAGUUCUACGUGACCAAUGGUGAAAAGAUGACCUUUGCCAAGGUGAAGGCUCUGUGCACAGAGCUCAGGGGCACUGUGGCCACUCCCAGGAAUGCUGAGGAGAACAAAGCUAUCCAAGCAAUGGCCACCGACAAUGUCUUCCUGGGCAUAACGGAUGAGGUGACCGAAGGUCAGUUCAUGUAUGUGACAGGAGGGAGGCUGGCCUACAGCAACUGGAAAACCAACGAGCCUAAUGACUAUGGUGAUGAGGGGGAGGACUGUGUGAUUCUGAAGACCGACGGGUUCUGGAACGACCUGUCCUGCAGAGCAUCCUGCCUGGCCAUCUGUGAAUUCUCAGCCUGAAGCCACUGCUUCCUCAUCUUUGGUCUCUGGUCCUUGGUCCAUGGUCCUUGGUCUCUUUCCUGGCAUUUUGCUGAGGUCUCUGCUGCUUCCAAAGAGUACUAGCUUUCUCAUGCCGAAUGUUGAGACUAUUUGGCCUCAGGAUGAAAAAGUUAAGCUGAUAAUGGGGUAAGGAAUCUGGUCAGCUCAGAGGAGGCUGGAGUGCUUUGCUAGCCGUGCUGUCCCAAGUCAAAGAAAAGCAUUUGGCAGUCAAUAAUUUCUUGAUAAAUACUUUUUGAAAGGAUAUAUUAAAACAUUUACAAAUGGAUGAA